CAACAGAAAAGCUGCGUCUCAUUUUUUUGCCCAUAUCUGGAAUCACGAAUUAGUUCAAACUACGAAUCAACUGAAUCAAUAGCUCUUGGAAUGAUUCAGGGAUUCGAAGCGCUCGAAUCGCCGCAUCUGCUGCUCAAACUAGUUAAAUGCAUGCAGAACAACAAACAUAGACAUGUGACACAGAAAAACUCCUUGUAAAUCAACUGAGAUCCACACUUAUUAUAAAGAUGAUGUUUAUUAAAGAGGAGAGUGAAGACGUGAAGAUUGAAGAAACAUUCAGAGUCAAACAUGAAGACACGGAGGAACAAACAAAGAUGGUGUUUAAUAAAAAGGAGAGCGAAGACCUGAGGAUUGAAGAAGUAUUCAGAGUCAAACAUGAAGAUACUGAAGAACAAACAGAUACGAUGGCGCUGAAAGAGGAAAGUGAAGAACUGAAUGAAAUGCAAGAUGAAGAUCAGUAUAAGAAACACGAUUUCAUAAAUGGACGAAAAUCAUUUAGUUGCCCACAGACUGAAAAGGCUUCCUCACAGAAAAGAGCUCAAAAGACAGGAACUCAAAAUGAUUUCAGAUGCCAAGAGUGUGGACAGAGUUUCGAUCAACAAGGAAACCUUAAAGUCCACAUGAGGAUUCACACUGGAGAGAAACCACACACUUGCAAACUGUGUGGACAUUGUUUCAUUCGAAAAGGAGGCCUGAAAAGCCACAUGAGAAUUCACACUGGAGAGCAGUCUUACACCUGUCCUCAAUGCGGAAAGAGAUUCACACACAGACAAACUCUUUAUGCCCAUAUAAAAAUUCACACAGGAGAGAAACCUUUCACCUGUCAAAAGUGUAAAAAGAGUUUUACUCAACUUGGAAACCUUAAAGUCCACAUGAGGAUUCACGAUGGAGAAAAGCCUUUUGUUUGCCAACAGUGUGGAAAAUGUUUCAUUGAACGUGGAAACCUUAAAGUCCACAUGAGGAUUCACACUGGAGAGAAGCCUUUCACCUGUCAACAGUGUGGAAAAAGUUUUUCAGUGAAAGGAACCCUUAAAAGCCACAUGAGCGUCCACACUGGCGAGAAGCCUUACACUUGCUUUCAGUGUGGAAUCAGUUUCACUCAGCAAGGAACCUUUAAACGGCACAUGAGAAUUCACACCAAAAAGAAGACACACACCUGCUAACUGCGUGGAAAGAGCUUCAUAAAUCUAAACCUUAGCUAUCAUCUUGUCACUGGUGACAAGACCAGUUGAUGAUUGUUUUCUCAUCCAGUACCAUCUCACGGCUCAAAGGUUGCAAACUUUCAACAUUGAGAAAUGUUAUUUUUGAACAGUUUGAUAAUUAUUACAAUAAAUUUGUCAGAAAGUGGUAAGCUACAACCCAUCUUUGUUUGCAAAGACUGAGACUGUGGUGGAUGCCUGUUUAUUUACCCACUCAUAAUUCCCUCACCUAUUAACAGUUCACCUGCUUAUUUGUGAAUGUCUUGAAUGUCCCAACUCUUAUUUUCCUUCUGUCCCAACUUUUUUCUUUGUAGUUCUAUCAGUAAAAUAAAGGUAAAAGAGAACUUUUAAGAAAAAUCAGUUUUUAUUGCAUUUUACAAAAUCUCCCAACAUUUUUCUUCUGUUGAAUGCAAAUGAAGAUAUUUUGAGCAAUGUGGGCAACCAGACAGUUUCUGGUCCCCACUGACUUGCUUUGUAUUUUUGUCCAUACUGUGUG